GACCAAUAUGUAAAUUGGAAAAUUCCCAACAGUUGACACAUGUGUUUUUUAGGUUAAUUUUUCGAAUUAAAUCACUCAAAAAAUUAAAAAUGAGUACUGGCCCUAAUUUUGAAAGUAUCGAAGGGUUUUGUCCCGACUGUGGUUCCAUUUUGCCACCUUUAAAACAAACAGGAGGUGUGAAAUGUUAUGCCUGUGAACGCAAUUUUCCAUCAGAUGUUUUUCGAGGAACUAAAGCUUCAUAUGUGAUACACUUCAAUUCGCGAGACUACAAAACUCAUUCAAUGAACAAGCAGAACAAUAAAAAGGAUGAAGAAGAAGAUGAUGGUCCUGUUGUUGAUAGAAAAUGUGCCAAAUGUGGUCAUGAUAAAAUGACUUAUGCGACAGUUCAAUUGAGAUCAGCAGAUGAGGGCCAAACUGUGUUUUAUACUUGCACAAAAUGUAAAUUCAAAGAGAGUGAAAAUUCGUAAUUGGUCAAUAAAUACGCAUUUUUGUUAAUAA